AUGCUAUCAUCAUCAUCAUCAUCAUCAUCAUCAUCAUCAUCAUCAUCAUCAUCAUCAUCAUCAUCAUCAUCAUCAUCAUCAUCAUCAUCAUCAUCAUCAUCAUCAUCAUCAUCAUCAUCAUCAUCAUCAUCAUCAUCAUCAUCAUCAUCAUCAUCAUCAUCAUCAUCAUCAUCAUCAUCAUCAUCAUCAUCAUCAUCAUCAUCAUCAUCAUCAUCAUCAUCAUCAUCAUCAUCAUCAUCAUCAUCAUCAUCAUCAUCAUCAUCAUCAUCAUCAUCAUCAUCAUCAUCAUCAUCAUCAUCAUCAUCAUCAUCAUCAUCAUCAUCAUCAUCAUCAUCAUCAUCAUCAUCAUCAUCAUCAUCAUCAUCAUCAUCAUCAUCAUCAUCAUCAUCAUCAUCAUCAUCAUCAUCAUCAUCAUCAUCAUCAUCAUCAUCAUCAUCAUCAUCAUCAUCAUCAUCAUCAUCAUCAUCAUCAUCAUCAUCAUCAUCAUCAUCAUCAUCAUCAUCAUCAUCAUCAUCAUCAUCAUCAUCAUCAUCAUCAUCAUCAUCAUCAUCAUCAUCAUCAUCAUCAUCAUCAUCAUCAUCAUCAUCAUCAUCAUCAUCAUCAUCAUCAUCAUCAUCAUCAUCAUCAUCAUCAUCAUCAUCAUCAUCAUCAUCAUCAUCAUCAUCAUCAUCAUCAUCAUCAUCAUCAUCAUCAUCAUCAUCAUCAUCAUCAUCAUCAUCAUCAUCAUCAUCAUCAUCAUCAUCAUCAUCAUCAUCAUCAUCAUCAUCAUCAUCAUCAUCAUCAUCAUCAUCAUCAUCAUCAUCAUCAUCAUCAUCAUCAUCAUCAUCAUCAUCAUCAUCAUCAUCAUCAUCAUCAUCAUCAUCAUCAUCAUCAUCAUCAUCAUCAUCAUCAUCAUCAUCAUCAUCAUCAUCAUCAUCAUCAUCAUCAUCAUCAUCAUCAUCAUCAUCAUCAUCAUCAUCAUCAUCAUCAUCAUCAUCAUCAUUAUGUUGGAUCUUUCAAAAUAUCUGUCAAUCUGUUUAUAAAAGCUUUCAUAGAAAUAGCCUACCAAUUAGUUAUGUCAUGCAUUCAUUACUGAUUCUAAUUAAUAGACAAAAAUUUCUUGAAAUCGUACAAAUUAUCAAUUAUAAUUGUAAAACCAUUAAAUGA